GGACCUGGGCAGGCAAGAGCUGCCUGCUGCUGGCGCUCCUGACCGUGGCCUACGUGCUGGUGGAACUCUCGGUCUCCACGCUUCCAUGCCGCCCCGGGAGCGGGCCUGGCCUGGGAGCGGGGGCCGAGGCAGCUCCCGGACCCCGGGGCCGGGGCAGAAGAUCUGUCCCGGCCGCUGUACGAGAAGCCGCCCGCCGACCCCCAGGCCCCGGGGGAGUGGGGCAAAGCCAGCCACCUCCAGCUGAGCGAGGCCGAACGGAAGCAGCAGGAGGAACUCAUUGAGAGAUAUGCCAUCAACAUCUACCUCAGCGACAGGAUCUCCCUGCACCGCCACAUCGAGGACAAGAGGAUGCCCGAGUGCAGGUCCAAGGCGUUCCACUACCGGCGGCUGCCCACCACCUCCGUGAUCAUCGCCUUCUACAACGAGGCCUGGUCCACGCUGCUCCGCACCAUCCACAGCGUGUUGGAGACCUCGCCCGCGGUCCUCCUGAAGGAGAUCAUCUUGGUGGAUGACCUGAGCGACCGCGUGUAUUUGAAGGCGCAGCUCGAAACGUACAUCAGCAACCUCGAGAGAGUCCGCCUGAUCCGGACCAACAAGCGGGAGGGCUUGGUCCGGGCCCGCCUGAUCGGGGCCACGUUUGCCACGGGGGACGUGCUCACCUUCCUGGACUGCCACUGUGAGUGUAACUCGGGUUGGUUGGAACCCCUUUUGGAAAGGAUCGGCGAGGACGAAACGGCCGUGGUUUGUCCCGUGAUAGACACCAUUGAUUGGAACACUUUCGAAUUCUAUAUGCAGACCGGGGAGCCCAUGAUUGGUGGGUUUGACUGGCGUCUGACGUUCCAGUGGCACUCUGUCCCCAAACAUGAGCGGGACAGGUGGAAAUCGAGAAUCGAGCCCAUCAGGUCGCCCACCAUGGCCGGGGGACUGUUUGCUGUCAGCAAGAAGUAUUUUGAGUACCUUGGGACGUAUGACACUGGGAUGGAAGUGUGGGGAGGUGAAAACCUGGAGCUGUCUUUCAGGGUGUGGCAGUGCGGAGGGAAGCUGGAGAUCCACCCGUGUUCCCACGUGGGCCACGUGUUCCCUAAGCGGGCUCCCUAUGCGCGGCCCAAUUUCCUACAGAACACUGCUCGGGCGGCGGAAGUGUGGAUGGAUGAGUACAAGGAGCACUUCUACAAUCGAAACCCUCCGGCCAGGAAAGAAGCCUACGGAGAUAUUUCUGAAAGAAAGCUACUACGAGAACGGCUGAAGUGCAAGAGCUUUGACUGGUAUUUGAAAAACGUGUUUUCAAACUUACACGUUCCAGAGGAUAGGCCAGGCUGGCACGGAGCUGUUCGCAGUAUGGGGAUCUCUUCUGAAUGUUUAGAUUAUAAUGCUCCUGACAACAACCCCACAGCUACUGCUUCUUGGGAUACAUUUCUCAUGCUAUGGAAUUUCAAGCCACAAGCUAGAGCUUUCAGAUACGUGGGUCACAAGGACGUUGUAACCAGCGUGCAGUUUUCUCCACUUGGAAACUUACUGGCGUCUGCUUCACGAGACAGAACGGUUAGACUCUGGAUUCCUGAUAAGAGAGGGAAGUCCUCUGAAUUUAAAGCUCAUACAGCUCCAGUUCGAAGUGUGGACUUUUCUGCUGAUGGGCAGUAUCUAGCUACAGCUUCUGAAGACAAAUCCAUCAAAGUAUGGAACAUGUAUCGCCAGCGCUUCUUAUAUUCCUUGUGCCGACAUACACACUGGGUGCGCUGUGCCAAAUUUUCACCCGAUGGAAGACUAAUUGUAUCAUGUAGUGAGGAUAAAACUAUAAAAAUUUGGGAUACCACAAGUAAGCAGUGUGUCAGUAAUUUCUCAGAUUCUAUAGGGUUUGCAAAUUUUGUGGAUUUUAGCCCUAAUGGUACAUGCAUAGCUUCAGCAGGUUCUGAUCAUACUGUGAAAAUCUGGGAUAUACGAUUAAACAAAUUACUCCAGCAUUAUCAAGUUCACAGUGGCGGAGUUAAUUGUGUAUCAUUCCAUCCUUCGGGUAACUAUCUCAUCACUGCUUCUUCAGAUGGUACACUUAAGAUUUUGGAUCUACUAGAAGGAAGGCUCAUAUAUACACUUCAAGGACAUUCGGGACCUGUCUUUACUGUUUCAUUUUCAAAAGGUGGAGAGCUAUUUUCAUCAGGAGGCGCAGAUAUGCAGAUUUUAUUAUGGAGGACUAACUUUGAUGAACUGAAUUCUAAAGAUGUUCUUAAAAGAAAUCUCAAAAGAUUACAUUUUGAUUCACCACCACAUCUUUUGGACAUCUAUCCAAGAACACCACAUUGCCAUGAAGGGAAAAUCGAGACUGUUGAAAUUAAUCCAAAGCUUGAGGUAACUGACUUGCGGACCUCUACUCCACCUGUUGUGGACAUCCUUUCUUUUGGUUCUACCACCACAACGGACACUGUUGUUAGAACUCUACCAGACAAGGAUGAAGAGCUGUGCAAGUAUUUCUUGAAUCCUUCUUUAAUGUCAUCAGAAUAUCCACGAACAACCUUGAAAAAGAAAUCAGAAGACAUGAGCGACCUCCCUUCUGAGAGUCAAAGAAGCAUACCACUCGCUGUGACUGAAGCUUUAGAGCAUAUUAUGGAACAGCUCAAUGUUUUGACACAGACUGUUUCAAUCUUGGAGCAGCGAUUGACUUUGACAGAGGAUAAACUGAAAGACUGCCUUGAAAAUCAGCAAAGGCUUUGCAACGCCAUGCAACAAAAAAUGUAAAUAGAAAAGUGUGAGCAGAGGCACGUUGAAUGAGCACAUGUGUACAUACACAGGAAGGCAGUACAGGAGUCUCCAUGGGACACAACCAUGCGCUAAUCAUCAUGGCAUUUCUUACAAGAGUGAGCAACAGAAGAAAAGGCAUAAUAAGUGAUGAACUUAAAUUCACAAAUCAAUGUCAAGGACUGUUUCAAAUCAUUACCGUUUAUGAUUGCAGUAAUAAAGCGAUAUUCGUUCAAGUGGCUCUGUAUUUUCCCCAUAUUAUUCUAAAUGUCAGUUUUCAUUUGUAGUCUAAACCCCACCAGAAAAGUAACCAAAUCUUUGGGUUGCAUUGUUAAAUCAUUUCAGAUUAACCAUGUUCAUGCAAUUCCUUAAAGCAAUUAAUGUAUUUUUUUAGUGAGCACUUUUAGGGUGAAAUAACUCACCUCUAAAAUAGCAUCCUAUAUAUUCAAAGAAAACAUUUAUCCUUUCUUACCAAUACCUUGAAAAGAUGACCGUAUAAAUAUUUCCAAAAUACAGAAUUUCCACAGCAAGAGUACACUUAUUUUAAUUAGCAACAGUACAUGUAUGACAUAGGUCAGUGGGCUUUCAUUUAAUGUAUGUUUUAUAUUGUUUGUCUUUGACCAACCUGAAAGAAAAUGAAGUUAAAAAUAUGUGGUGAAGCACACAUCUUUCUUUCAUAGCUGAAUGCAGUGAAUGAUUUGAAUUGUAUUUUAACUUGUAAUCCCAGUUUACAAAGAUUAUGUUACUGUGAUUUCAUUCAGCUCAAAAGCCAGAAUGAUGCAGCAGCAAUACUUACAGAUAUACACCAUGUAUGUUCACAUGCUUCAGAAAUGUUGCUUAGUAUGAUUUUGGCAGCUGAAUAAUAGGUACUUUAAAAAAUACAUUCACAUCAUCACAGUUAAAUGAAUUGUGAUUUGAAACUAAAUGAAAAUGAGCCAGGUGUGCUAAAAGAUCUUGGUUACAAGUUAAGAAUUUUGUUUUAGCUUAAGCAAAAUAAGAGAUUAAAUUGGAAAAAAAGCAACAUGAAUUUUAGCUUGCUUUUCUGUUAACCUAUAUCAAGGACAAAGAAGGUGUGAGAAGAUGGUCUGUAGGCAACAUGGGGAAAAUGCUCUGUAUGUGUUGGAAAACAAGAAAAAGUGAAGUCCUAUUUAUGUAGGAGUCUGUCUAUAUGUAGAAAUUUUUCUCAAAGCAACUUCAGUUGUAUCAGUGAGGUGGUUUUUUAUUAUCUCAUGUUUUAAGUGCCUUUUUAUAUCAUAUAUAAACUUCUAGACAUUUUCAAGAGUCUAUAGACUAAGUGGCAAGUAUUUUUAUAAACUCAUUGAGAAGACUAAGAAAUGAAAUGUCAUACUGGCUUUGUUCACUCUUUUUUAUGCUUCAAACAAUAAAGACAUUUUACCCAUAAAAAA